AUGCGGGAUGAUGUCGAAUUUCUCAUGGAAACAUGCUAUAAGAGAGAUUGGAAGCCAAACCAUACAUACGGAUCAUUAAAAUUAAUCGAUUGGUGCAGUAAAUUUGGUUCAUACAAAUGUUUCAAGUUUUUGAAAGAACUUGGUGCCGAAAUUACAAACGAAACAUUAAUACAAAGCAUGAUUGGAGGUAACAGCAUGAUUAUUUCCGAAAUUUUCUAUGAAAUUACGAAAAUCGAUAUUAAUAAUCGAUUUUUAGAUGCAUUACUUCACAUUCAAGAUAUGAAUUUACUUAUUGACAUUGCACCAAAGUUUAUUAAUCUAUUUGACUAUCUUUCUACUUUUAUUUAUGAUAAUUUGAAUCUUUUCUUUUUAAAGUUCGCAUUGACACAUGAUUUAGAUUCUGCACUUUGUACAGCUGUUUACUACAACAUCUCAUCUUUAGUUGUUGAUUUUGUUGAAUUAGGAGCAGAUGUAAACGGAAAAACCAUUUUUUCAUCACCAUUUUUAGCCGCGAGUAAAAUUGGAAAUUUAGAAAUGCUUAAACUAUUCUGUGAACAUGGUUGUGACCUCAACAAAUUCAGUAUUAAUCCUUUUCAUUUCGCAGCAAAAAAUGAUGAUUUGGAAAUGGCAGAUUUUCUUUAUAAAAAUCAUUGUGACAUUUAUGCUACAGAACUAAAUAAUAAAUUACCAAUCGAAAUUGCUAUUAGUAACAGAUCAGAAAAAGUCAUUAGAUACUUGUUGUUGAAAGAUCCUCUUUUUGUUAUGAAAGCUGAUUUUCGCAUGAAUGAAGUCAGUAAAUCGAUAUAUUAUGAAUACUGUCGAAGAGGAAUUGUUAAUUGGAUCAAUAUUUUCAGAGAUGUAUUUGACGCAUUAGGAGAUUACUUCAAGUACCCUUUAUUAUCUAUUCUUAUUAUAUAUUUUCUUAAUUUUUACUAUAUCAAUACAUUAUAA